AUGAUCGGUCCACUCUGUACCCAUCCCCAUCUUCAACUGGAACCAUCUGAGCAUGCAAAGGAAGCGAGUUACAUCCGCGCCGAUGCCAACCGCCGUGCCGCUGCAGAAACCGCAUCUGGACGUGUCCCAGGUGCAAAGAAAAAGCAUGGGUCGAAAUCGGACUCGGAAUGUCAUACAAUAGCAGAUUCCACGGCAUAUCCGGCCCCCCUCGUGCUACCAGACGACGAUCUCGCCUUGGAUCCCAGGUACCCGCCGCAAAGUUUCCGCUCAUGGAUCAUGGAGAAGGAGCGGAACAAGGUGACACAGGAUCAGAAGACGUUGUAUGUCGCCGCGGCGCCAGCGGUGUCGCCGGAGCUCACAGCAGAAAUGGAAAGGUGGGCGAAGGCUAAACCGCCUCAGGCGUCUCGGAAGGGCAAGAAUACAAUGCCGGUCAAGCAACCGGAGUUCAAAGACGUGGUCGAAUAUCUUAGUGCUUUCUAUCAUGGGAUGCAGGUCAAGGAGUUUCCGGAGUCUCUUAAGUUCACGGAAUGGGAAAAGGGGUCGACUCGAUCAAUCGGCCUCCAGACAGGGGACUCGGCUGUGCAGAUCCGAAUAAGACCCUCUCGGGAUGGCGUCUUCCAACGACAAUUGAAUUUAAACGAUAUCCUAGACGCAGCGAUAGAAAUGCUGCCGAGCGAUGCGUACGCGAUCAUCCUCCUUGUAGAACACGAUAUGUACGAGGAUGAAGAUGACGACUUUUGCUGUGGACGAGCGUAUGGCGGUAGCCGUGUGGCUGUGGUCUCCUCUGCGCGAUACCAUCCAGCGCUAGACCUCAUGGAAGGCAUUGACCACGCUCAUAUGUGGCCGGCUUCGCACUGUAAGGCGUAUGUCGACAGUUGCUGCGAGUCAUCCGACAUUCUGCCACUGCCACCGCCUGGAGAGCUUAGAGCUACGAGUGGUGGAAAGGGGCGGCUUCAGGCAGCAGUUGAAGCAGCCAGCACCUUGAAGCAGCCUCGAAAUGAAGAAGACUUCCACGGACUCUGGCUCACUCGACUCGUCCGUACGACAUCCCACGAACUCGGGCACUGUUUAGGCCUCGACCACUGCGUUUACUACGCAUGUGCGAUGCAGGGAACGGCUGGGAUGGCGGAAGACGGUCGGCAGCCACCAUAUCUGUCAACAGCUCAACAGUAG